UUAGUCACGACACGAUUACCUCCCUUGUGUUUACAUGCUUCCAGGCUGUCUUCCCCACCCCUCCUCCUUCUCUUCACUCGGUUCUCUUUAUUCUUACAAUUAGUGACCCCGAGCAGCCCCGGCUAUUUACAUUGUCAAUGAUAUAUUAAUUCCUGUAAUUACCGGCUUUUAAAAACAUUCUUUAACUUGUUUUUCUUUCAAUGUACUAUUAUUUAAAGACAGAAUCUAACAUCGUUUAUUCAGCCGAUGGCAUUUAAGUGAUUAAGAGAGAAAGAACCGGCUUGAAAGACACCCAGGAGACGCGAUUUGAUUUAUUUCACUUGAAAUUUCUGCUGGAAGCCAACCAUCACUACCAACAACAAACUAACUAGGGAAUCUCUACUUAGCUGCUCGAUCUGCUAGUAGUAGCAACCAAAUCCUACUCUCUCGCUCUUCAAAACAACAUAGUGAAUAAUGUAGUUAUUACGGGACUGUCACAGUUGGAAUAUCUUUGAUCAUUGGAUUGCUCUUACGAUCAGAGUCGACUUAGCGCCAAACAACAACACCGCAGGGGCGUCUCUACGUAGUCGAUCGAUCUGCUAAAAUUAGCUGCCAAAUCUCCCUCAAAUAUAACUUUACCGUUUCAAAACGAUUCAACUGGAUUUAGGUGAUCCUAGAAACUGUAUCUAAAAAGGAUAUAGGGAUGGUCACAGCUGGAACGACUUUCGAUCAGAGCUGAGCUAAUGCCUAAAGAUCACUCACAACGACCACAGUAACAGUAAAACCGAGAGAAAGACAGAGAAUAACGAAAGAGAAAGAAAAAAAAGAGAGAGAGAAAGAGGGAAGGAGAGAGAUGAUUAGAAGACCAGCAGCAGCAGCAGUAGGGGAACAAUGUGUCUUGUAUAUUUGAUUGUAUCUGUGAUUGAAGAACCUUGUUGCCAUCGAUAAAACAGAGAGAAAGAAGGAACAUAUCAGAUAUUUGAAUCCAUUAUUUCUUCACUUUCUGGAUUGUUUGGAUUUUUUUUUCUCUGUUGGGGACAACAAAGUUUAAACAAGCUCAAAGUUUCCUCCAAACACGGCCAUGAAGAAGACUCCGAUGUGUAAUCUCUGCGGUAAAGUGUUUUCCCGUCGCGACAACCUCGAACGUCAUUUAAACAACCACCAGGGGGAGAAGUUGUUCUUUUGUGAAUACUGUGGCAAGUCGUUCUUGCGCAAGUCUUACCUCAAACUUCAUCAUCGCAUCCAUUCAGGGGAGCGUCCGUUCCAGUGUGGUGUGUGUGGACGUACCUUCACAAGAGACGACCAUUUGCUACGGCAUUACAGGUCACAUCAAGGCUACAAACCGUACACAUGCGACGUGUGUGGCAAAGCGUUGUCACGGCGUGACCACCUUGCUGUGCAUCGGCGCAUCCACACUGGCGAGCGGCCGUUCAAGUGUGACCUGUGCAACUGUGAGUUCACACGCAGUGAUCACCUGUUGCAACAUAAGAGACUGAACAUGUGCGAACAAGCGUCGUCAUGUGUUACCAUGGAGACAAGUAUGCCUGCCAAAGUAUCUGAGAUUGCCCCGGAGGAACAAUACCAAGAGGGAGCUCAGGUGGACAACAGCAACAACAAACAUCAUAACAAAAACACUAAUAAUAACAACAACAACAACAAUAAUAGUAGUAGUGCUGGUGGUGGUGGUGGUGGUGGUAGUAAUAGUAAUAAUAGUAGUAGUAGUAAUAGCAGCAGUGGUAACAGCAACUCAACAUCGAAAUGUAAUAAUAGCAGUGUUGAUGGUAAAAGUGUCCAGUCACAACAGAACCAAAUGUCUGAAGUGGCCACCUCUAACAACACAGCGAUCAUUGCAGCUCCUGCACCUACCACUGCAGCUGUUGCGCUCGUCACCAAUGACCUCGCUGCUGCACUGCUACCAAACACCACUAAACUCUACUCAAUCCCAUGCAAUGGCAACACAACGCCAGGUCUUCUAGCGGACAGUGCUAGCUCAGGCAGUGUGGCCACCCAAAUCUACCAGGCAACAACCGGUGUCCCCAGCACCAUUAACCCCAUCACCCAUAUCUUCCCCACCAUCCAGUUAUCUCCUGCAACCACACAGUUAUUCCCUACCAUCCAGAUGUAUCCCAGUGCGCACAUCAACUUGCAGCAGCACACAGCUGCAGUGAACCAGAAGCUCCAUAUUUCUGGAUCACAUCUCAACCACAACAAAUGAAUGGAACACUGACAGAUGUGUGUGUGUGUGUGCAUGUGUGGAUUUGUAUGUUAAAGAAAAUGGCACUCAACACAUUUAGUAGGAAUUACAUAUAUUAUCAUUUAAAACUGCUUGAUUCAGUUCCAUUCAACUUAAAGUUUCAUAUGCUUCAUACGGAAGUCCAGCUCUGAGCCUGAAUGACUUAGGCUUCUCUAUGAAGCCUACAAACCUAUAAGUCACAUGGAGCCAAAUCAAACAGUUUUAAAUUAUAAUGUAUACAUAUGGAUAUAUAAAUGUGAAACCAAUACUUCCAUUCUUUUGCUGUGAGUGUGUAUGGUUGUUAUUAAAAAUAAAGAACUGAUUCAUAUAUAUAUAUAUACAUGGAUGCAUAUGUAUAUGUUUCUGUAUGUGUGUCUUACUCUAUAUCAAGCAUAUCUCCUUUGCAUUGUGUAUCAGAAGUUAACUAUUUCUCUUUAUUCUCUCCGAUGUCAUAACUGAGACUCGUGUCAUAUCUCACAAUAAUAACAAUCAUAAUUUAUAUCAAACAUUUGUUGAACAUUUUUGGUAAGAAAAUACUUCACUAAGACUAUUUAUGAUGUAUCAAUGGAGGAUGUCUGUGUACAGCUUCUGAGUGUAUCCAUGUAUGCAUGUGAGAGAAUCAUUAUUUUAUGUGCAUUUUCCAUACUGGCAGGGUUUGGCUGGGUCUUACUGGGGCACGAGUUGUUUCCCAUUAGGAGCCGCAGAUCCCAAAUAUUUAGUGUUCACAUGUGCUAUUUGGCUUCAUUUCUUUGACUGGAUGCCUUUCCUAGCACCAACAGCUUCACAGAAUGCGUACUGGUGUAUUUUCUCAUUGUACAGCACUGUUUGGUGAAACAGGGCUUGAAGGACCUCAUGAACUAUAGUUUUUCCAUUUCUUUAGGUAACCACUUUACCUGGUGAAUGGCAGGUGUGGAUGGCGUUUGUACACAGUAAAUGAAAAUUUAGAAAUGGAACAAUGAUGACAGAAUAGCCAGAAAUGGUUAUUACAGUGGCAGGGAUGGGAGAGUAAAUGUAGGUCUAGAGCAGGGCUGAAGAGAGCUUGCACGGGUGACCAAGGAGGGGAACUGGAGAGAAAGAGGGGAAAGGACAAUGGACUGAGAAGGAUCAGAAUAGGUGGGAGAGUAGAAGGAAAAAGAGCAUGAUGGGAAGAAGUCAGGGAUAUGCAGAGGUAGUUGAGAACCAAGGCAGGACAAGUAUCUCAAGUCGUAGCUUGGUGCAGCAAUCUGGCUUGCCAGUCCUCAGUCAAACCGUCCAACCCAUGCCAGCAUGGAAAGCAGACGUUAAACGAUGGUGAUGAUGAUGAUGAAAGACAGAGAGACAGAGAGAGAGUGUCAGGGUUACACUUAUAAAGUCAUGAGUUCAGUUCUGGCACAUAGUGUUCUUGAGUAAAGAAAUUUUGGAUGCUCCUUUGGGUCAGAAGUGGGAGGUGUCUAUGUCCACCCAGGAUGCAAGGGCACCUAAAAUAGCUGGUAAAAGCAGGGUACACAACUAACUAUGCCAUACACACACACACACACACACACAUGUAAUUGAGUGUGUAUGUGUCCAUAUAUAUAUUUAUACAUACAACCAUCAUUGUUUUAAUGUUCAUUUUGCUUGUUGGUAAGGGUCAGAUGGAAUCUAUUGAGACAGAUUUUCUAUGGCCAGGUGCUUUCCCUGUCACGUACCUUCACCUGUUUCCAAGCAAGGAAAUAUUUUCCCUUGGCCAGACAUAUUUUUCUAAAAUACCGGAAAUAAAUAAUACUGCUUGCAUGGCAGUGGCACUCAUUUACAACUAUCAAGAAGACUCAAACAUACACAAACUUACAAGCAUGUAUAUAUAUAUAUAUAUAUAAAUGUAUAUAAAUAUAUAUAAAUGUAAGAUCCAGGGAUCAAGGUGUAGGAAGAAAGUUAGCUUCAAGCAAUCCAUAGUGAAUAUAAAAAAAACAACUUUUAGGAACAAUAGCGGUUUAUUGAGAUGGAAGGUUGCGGAUUUUUUUUUUUUUGCUUAUCAAAGAACGAUGAGUUGAAAAAAAGUUUUUUUAUAUUCCGUGGUAGGUGACUGGGGUUGCUGAGUGUGCAAAAAAGAAUACAAGAGUUAUGGAAUGGAGUUUGGAAAAUCCAGGCUACAUAUGUUUCAUAGCGAGGAGAACCUCAAAAGUGGUAAAAUCCAAGUGAGAUGUAUACCACCUGCUACUCUUUGUAUAUAUAUACAUAUAUAUAUGUAUAUAUAUAUACAUAUAUAUGUAUAUAUAUGUAUAUAUAUAUAUAUAUACACAUAUAUAAUAUAUGUGUGUGUGUGUGUUUAUAUACCUAUAAGUAUAUCUGUUUUCAACGAUGUGUGAGUGCGUGCAUUUUUAAAACCCAGAAGAUUUUGCAAGUUCUGUUUGGUGAGUAAAGUACGAUCCAUGUGGAUUGUGUUUUGGUGUUUUAUCUCCUGUUUUAACUGAAUAUCAACGAAUAUUUGUAAACUUAUUUCAUAAACUGCUACAAUUUUCAAAGCAUGUGAUAUUAGUUUGUAUCAAAGAGAGAGAGAGAGUGAGAUAUGAAGAGAAAAUAAAAAAUGCAGGAAAUAAUUUCAUUCUGUUA